CGCUUUCGGCGCGAAGAUGAAGAAGAAAGAAGAAUCCUCGACCGCGUCGCAUGUCUGGCAGGGAAAUGAAGUCAGCGGGAGCCUCGUGCAGAUGAAGGCAACUCCUAUCGAGCUGGGGGAAGAUUUCCUCGGCGAUAGUGUCGUUUCCCUGGCUUCCCUCCCGCAUCUCGCCGCCGGCGAAGCAAGCGGGAUCGCAAGGACAUUCGGCGCGAAGAUGACCGGGAAGGGCACGUGUUUCGGAAGGAUUCCGAGCCACGAAAGCCCGACAGAUGUCAAACAAAACCACUGCGACUGGCUCAUGCAGCAGCACAUGACACCCGACCACGACAACAAGAAGUGGAGCUACAAGUGUCCCGAUCUUGUGUCGCAAUGCGAAAAGAAGUGCACGGACGACAUGAUCACCUGCAAGGUUGACAUGCACCUCGUCGACACGACCUCGAGUCCUCCCGGCCAAGCUAAACUCGCCGUCAAUUGCUGCCUGGCAAAGCCCUACUAAGUUGUUGCUGAUUGAUUUUUUUUUCUUUGAGAAGUAGUUUAGUAUCUCACUUUGAAGCUUUUCGAACAAAAACAAAUAAGUAUGUAUUUUUUAUUUUUGGGUGAAACUUUGACUUUCUUAUUCUUUCUAAACAUAAUCACAACAAAGCGUCUUGCACAUCAUUCCUCCUUGUCGUUCCCGUUGCAACGAGACUCGAAAAGCUGCAGCUGCGUACUUGUUCCAGGUAAUAUUCGUGCCGAGUAAGUAGCUAGAAAGUAGAAAGAGGCAACGUGGCAUGUAACGCACCAGGUAACGGACGAACUAUACGAAAGCGUUUUUCUUCUUUUAUCUUCAAAUAUAUAUACAUAUAUAAGUUACCUCAAGCAAAAAUCAAGAUCAACCAGCUUCCUACUGUUUUCUUAUCGGGUAAGAAUUUCAAUUUCACAUAGCAUAUCCUGAGUAUAAACCUCCUCACCCCGCCAUAGUCAAGAUGGGAAAUAAUGUGCUAGACAAAUCGACCAGCUUUGCCUGUUGCGCGUGACAGGUCUGGCCUCGUAGUGUGUUCCUGUUAGUCUCAGUCUCGCGAGUUAAUCAGCGCCACAGAUUUAGCGCAUUAUGCUGAUUCGAGCAUGACAAAUUCCGAAAGACGACUAGAAAAUCCUUGUUAUGGGGCUCCGCAUGGCCAUGGGAAACAUUUUAAGCAUGCAGAUCUGCGUGACAACUCUUGGGUGGGGACGUUUUUGCUCAGGAUAUAGCAUCCGCCGUUUCUUUGCACUUAUUCUUAUUUUGAUUUAGAAAUAAAAGUAAAAGCAUUGCUCGCCAGGCUCAACCCGAACACACAAACUCAUCACUCUUGUCAGGCGCUAGCCGAAGCAUCAAGGAAGGAGAUGCGAAGAGACGCACUUGCGUCCCUUUGAAGCCUCCGCGUAGCACCAUAAGCAUAGCCCAGUAUCCCAAGUCGACAAAGACGUGAAAAAUAAGGGCGUCGACCGUUAAUUCCCUUCACAUUGUAGCCCAAUUCUAUUCAUAGAGGACUGACGCCGCACUAUUUUCUUUCGGAUGGCCACCUGACCAAUUUUUACGCGCCAUAUUUUGCCAUCGAACUUGAUCCGAUAAAGUGUCGCUUCUUACUUUCGCGUACCCAACCCAUACCCACAAAGCAAACACAUUUUCAGUAGCCCCCCGAAUAAGCAAAAGACUUGCAAAAAGAUAAAAAAGGGCGCUUAUUCUAAAACUCUAUAUCCUACCGAGUUGAGAAAGAGACGAAAAAAACAUAGAACAGCGGCCGGAUAGGUAUAGCCCCGAUCAUAUAUGAGAAAGCUGCACUAGUCGAAUUUUCCCCAUAAGUAAAAGCACAAUGGGGUUGAUUGAAACUGUCGCUUCUCGGCCCUGGCAGAUGAGGCUGUCGCCUCUUGUUUCCAGGCGGAGAACACGACAGUUGCAGAUGAGCAGCCGCACUUUCACAUUUUUCAUGAAGACAAACUUGCUGCUCAAAGGAUACACCGCAUGUGCUACUCUACCCAACCCACACCCAGAAAAAAAAGACAACGGCG